CUUUGAUGAACCGGAGGGGAAUCCCAAAAUAAGGUUCUUGUACCUGAACAAAAACGGAAAGUAGAAUGUGAGGAUACUAGCUGCCUGUCAUCAUUUCGAUAACAGCUGCAACAUUGACAAGAUUUCAUCUUGGAGUCUGAAGAAGUCUUUGACUGUUUGGACGCUUGCUGUGAAAAGAUCCUGCAAACAAUCAUGGAUACCUCUCCGGAUCCAAUACCCAUUGGGCCUGUUGGUCCAGCUACCUCAGAUACAGACAGUAGUCCAAAACCUGCAAACAACAACAUGACUGUAUCAGUUGCCAACUAUAGCAAAGACCAGAUAGAUUCUACAGCCAAACCUGGUCAGUGUGGUAUCUACAACCUUGGGAACACCUGUUUUAUGAACGCUGGCCUUCAUUGCCUGAUGAACACCGCUCCUAUCAUCAAAUAUUUCCUCGACCAGUACUCGUGUGACACAAAGUUUGGACCGUCCCUAGCGGCCCAUUUCUACUGGCUAGCUUGUAAAUACUGGAGUGGAAGUUAUGCCAUCAUCCAUCCCGGUGACUUCAAAACCUGCCUGGGCACAUUUCACAGUCAGUUUGAGGACUAUAGACAGCAUGACUGUCAAGAGUUCUUGGCCCUGAUGCUGGACACUUUACACGAGGAGACAAACAAGAGUAAUGUAAUUUAUAUGGAAAGACAAGGAUCACUGCCAUCGACAGAUACUCCGAAGUCUGAACAGGACCAACUCAACAACUCGUUUGACUUUGUAGCAGCCUCCACAGCAGAAGUGACCACAACGCCCAGGCAAUUGAAACCUUCUCGAGGAUGCGAAGCUGUGGCAGGCAAAGCAAGGGAGAGGAGUACAAAUGUCCAACAACAGCAGAUUACGGAUCAAUUACCUCCCCUUGCUGAAGUGGACACAAACUCAAAAAAUGACUUCAGAUUUUCUGGUCAGCAGAAUUUGGACAUGUCUGCAUUACGUCCACUUCUGAACAACUCCACAGAGUUUAAACAAACCCUGCCAUCGUUACAUCAGUUUUAUGCAAAAGAGUCAAAGACCCUCAAUACCAACGUUCUACUAGAAAAGGAGAGCGGUGGAGAAUCCCUCAACACAGACUCGCACAAAUUCGCCAAACAAGAUAACGAUAGCCCUUUAAGAUUAAAUGAAGUAAAUUUACUACAAGACAUGGCUCCAAUGGAGGUUGAUAAAAAUGAUCAUCCAAAAGGCCUAAAAGAUGUGAAUAUCCAGGUUGACAAGUGUAAUAAGGCAUCCAUAGGUAUCGCCCUAUGUUUUGCAGAGCAGGACUCGCUGCCUGUUCAAACCGCCAAAAAAAACACAGACAGUGAAUCCAUGUGUUUCGAUCCAGAUGUGGAUGGUGUGAAGCGGAUGAAAUUUGAAAGCACCGAAAAAAAUUUCCAGCAUCAAGCUUUUAGUAAGCUCAACAAAAAAAUGGCAGAUACCGAGGGAUCCUGUAGCACGGUAUUACAGGACUUUAAAAACCGGCAUGAUAGCGUCCCUGACAGUCCAAAAUCAACUGACACUGAUACCAAACUGGAAGACGAAGUUGAGUCCAAUUCAAUUCUCGGUCUGUCGGAGUCAGUCGGGGCCCAGCAGUUAGAGGAAGAUGAAGAUGAGGAAGAAGAAGACGAGGACGAGGAGGAUGUUUUGUGUGAUGCAGCUGAUCAAGCGUGGGAUUCCUACAUCAAGCGACAUAACAGUAUUGUCGUGUCGACAUUUCAAGGCAUGUUUAAAUCUACGGUGGUCUGUUCUGACUGUAGUCAUAUAUCUGUGACCUUUGAACCUUUCAUGUACCUGUCCAUACCACUACCACACAGUAUGGAGAGGCAAAUCUGUGUAUGGUUAAUGCCGGUCACUGGCAGUCCCACCAAGUACCUAGUAACGCUGCAUAAAAACGACAAGGUCCAAACCAUCAAACAACAACUCAAGGCUUUUACUGGGGACCAAGACCUUGUCAUGGCCGAGGUGUUAGAGGGACACAUAGCCAAGACCCUGGAUGACAACGUUGCAUUGCGAUUUGUUAACGACUCCACCCGAUUAGUGUUUGCGUACCAAAUGCCGUCUCCAGCGAAAAGUGCCGAGCAGUCCAAUGCCAGUAACAAUCCAACUGACAUCUUCAGCAAAAUGGACACUUUCGUACCGGGAGUAUCACAACUGGAGGACAAAAGUUUAUCUCUGAAUGCUGUUGUUUUUGCCCCAGACAAUGUAAGUGGCGAGACCAGAUCUAUGGGGGAUAACUCCGGGGGAAAUGAUAUUGAAAUUGGGGAGAAUCAAAUGGCUGAAGCUACUGUGAUAUCUGAUGUUGUUUCCGGACAGGACGGGUAUGACCCGUCGAUGACCAUGACAGUCGAGAUGACAAUAGAUGACACAGUAGAUCCGUCUCCGCUAAGGACUGAUCUUUCCUUAUCCGAUGAAAAUCCAUAUAUGUUGGAUUCUGGUUCAACCCAACUCCAGUCUGACUUCUCAAACACUGCACUGUGGGGAGAACAAAAAGAUUCGGCAGCUGAUUGGAGUUAUCGCCCAACUUCUCCAGAAAAUCCAGCCACAUCAGAAAAUUUCCCAUCAUCAGCAACACAGGAAUCUAUUGAAACAUGGAUCUCGGACAAUUUACCUGGAACUAAUGGAUCUGGGUCAACAGUAACGCCCUCUGUGGUGACUCCAGACCAGUGGAAGUCAUGUGCGAUCUGUCUUGAAGAUCUGAUGGAUAUUGAGUUGAUGGUCCACCAGCAGUGUGGCGGAACUUUCUGUCAGACUUGUCUGGAGAUGUCUGUAAGGCAUUAUGGGGAAGACAGUUACACAUGUCCAGUUUGCUCAGCACCGGCUGUUUUAACUGAGGAUUUCAUUUCUCUAGGGGCAGACAACUCUGAUCAACCUGUCAAAAUUCGGGUCGUAUCUGUGCCAGUAUCGUUUAAUAUCUGCACUAAGACUGGAGAUCGCCGCCUGAUUGGUCAUCCUCGUCCGUUAUACCUGGCCAACACAAUGUCCGGACAGGAGCUGUAUGACUACAUUGAUAAACAGUGUCCAGUCAGUAAGGACUACACUCUAGUGGUCACUGAUGGACAGGGCCUGCACUGCUCACGCUGUGACUUCUCAUCCAAGUGUCAGGGAUGUCUGUUGACUCGCGAGGAUGAUGUUUUGUUUCGACCUGGGGACAAUUUGGCCGUAUGCUAUGGUGAAUUGACUCCGGAUCAACUAGCCAGAGCUGAAGCCUACCACACAGACAAGUCGAUGGAACUUCUCCGACCAGACAAACCACUUCAUAUCAGUGAUUGCCUAGAGGCUUUCACAGAGAGUGAGGUACUGGAUGAACACAAUCCAUGGUUCUGUCCACGAUGUGAGAGGAACAAGUGUGCAAAGAAAACUAUGACGGUUUGGCAGUAUCCCGAUAGACUUAUCAUUCACCUCAAAAGAUUUAUGUUCCAUGAGCUGUCAAGCACAAAGGUUGACAACAACGUUGUUUUCCCCUUGGCGGGCCUCGAUUUAACCCAGAUGAUCUCAGGACCAAACACCAAAUGUCCUUUGUACGACCUCUAUGGAAUCGUCUGUCAUUUCGGAGGUGCCAAUGCUGGACACUACACGGCGUACGCACAGCAUCCCCAGGACCGUGUGUGGUAUUACUACAAUGACGAGACUAUUUCACAGCAGGACCCAAACUCUAGUGAUUUCAGUAACGCUUACAUCCUCUUCUACCAGAGACAGGGAACAGAGGUGCAAUUCGACUUCCAGGAGUUUCUUACUCGGCACAAAAUUGAGGGCCUGAUGGUGCCAGACAGCACGGCGGACCCAGUCCUAAUCGGCCCCCUCCCUCAAAACGGACCAAACACUUCACAAGGCAGCUGUGAUCAGAACCAGUCAGGGGAUAUUGCGGUUGCUUCUUGAAUCUUAGAUUAUUAGACAUUUGUACAAAACAGGAUACUUAUGAAUGGUAUGGUUGUCACAGUGUAUGCUAGUCCAUGUAAUUCCCUUUGUAGUGCAUCCAGAAUGAAAAAAAAAUGCUUUCCACAAUGAACCAAUUUUUGACUGUUUUUUUUUUCUUUUUUUUUGUAAUUUGAAAAAGCUUUAAUGAUUUUAUAGAGAAUUUGUUUUUAGUUAUUGUGGAAACACAUUUUAAAACCAUUUUUGGCAUCCAAAGGUUAUGUUGUCAUAAGUUCAGUUUGAAAGCAUACCUGAAACCUGGAAGUUAAAGAAUUCAGUGAAAUUCUGUAUAUUUGGUAAAUAUUCGUAGGGAAUUUAAUUUCACUGUAUGCAUAGCCAUUGAACAUAUGCGCGAAAAUAAAGACCCAGUGAAUUAACAUUCAUAUAAACACACGAAUGUGAUGAAAUAAUUUCUGCAGCAUGUUUUUAAGUUGGUGUUGCAUAAAAUUUCAUACUUCGUGAACAAGUUCUAUCUAGGAAAAUCGCAAAAUACCAUCCCAGCAAAAUUUAACAACUAUACCGCAGCCGAAAUAGAACUUUUGUUAUACUUGUUUGCCAUGUUUUGUUUAUCCUAAUGAUUCUAAUGCUUGUUAAGGUUGAUUAAGUUUGUGUGAAUACUCAAUAGAUAUUGUGCUAUAUGUUGUCAAAUGAAUUGAACUAUAAGAAUGGUUUUAAUUUAAGAAAUAUUUUGAACAUACAAUGCAAUACAAACUCUCUAAAGAAUUUUGAAAAAAAUACUAAGAUUGCCGAAAAAACUGUUUUAUCUGAUGAAGCUAUAUUCUGACAUCCUGUCAUAUCUGUUCCAUUUGUAUUCUGAAAACCUGUAUAAUCUGACUCCUGGAUAUUAAAAAAUCCUACUUUAUCUGAUCCUUGAAUAUUCCAACACUUUGUCUAAUCUGUUAAAUGGAUAUAUAUAUAUAUAUACACUCUUUUAAAUCAAAGCCCAGAAUAUAAGAAAUCGAGGUAUCCUAUUUACUAUCUCUCAAGUAUUCCAAAAUCCUGAUUUAUCUGAUCCCAGAAUAUUACAGCAUAUAUUCUAUUAAAUCAUAAUCCUGAAUUUUCUGAUAUCCCUUUUAUCUAGCCCAUGAAUAUUCUGAAAUUUUUGCUGAUCUGAUCGGAGUUGUCAGACAUCCUGUCUAAUCUCAACCCUGAAUUUUCUUACAUUCCUUCUUAUCUCAGCUCAUGACUAUUCAUAAUUCUUAGCUGAUCAGAUCUGAGUAUUCUGACACCCUGUGCUUUCUAGUGAGAUAGUGCAAUUUAACAAAUAAAAUAUUUUGACAUCCUUUUUAUACGUUUUUUCCCACAGAUAGGUUGGAGAAUAAGACAGAUUUUAUUUUAGAGGAAUAGUCAUAUUAGCAGCUUAAAUGUUACAUUAGUAUUAUAAACAUGAUAUUUUUAUCAUGUUUAACGUUGGUCCUUGUAGGCCAUUGAACAAAUUCAUCAUUCCAUUGGAUUUACAAUCACCUUAAUGUAUACCAGUGUGUCAAAUUGGAAUAAGUCUACUUUUUAUCGUUCUUAAAAGAAUUUGCAUGUUGUAAAGUUCACUUAUUACAUGUAUUUCUUAUUGGGAUGGGGAAACAAAAAAUUAAGAGAGAAAAUAUAUUGACCAUUCUCAAUACUCCAGGGGCUCACUUAAAUCACUUUCUGCGACCUAGAAUAUGUCUUGGCAUAAUCGAAGGCAUCAGAUUUUCAGUUUGAUUGAUGUCAGGG